AUGGCCAGGAUCACUCUCAUUUCUGUUCUCAUCCUCUGGGCUGCCAUGCAGCAGGGAAGGGGAGAUGAAAUUACAGAAAAAGGCCUCUCUUUGCUAGGGUACCAUCUGUGCAACUACACCCUGACCAAAAGUGUGUUUAAAAUGGUUGCCUACCAGAAGUCCUAUGAGAAGAAGACAUCUUGUGGAGGGUGGAUCCCAUGGAUGGUGUGUCCCCAGACACACUACAGAACAGAGUUUCACACCGUUGAGGUCCCUGAAACCAUCACUCUCACAGAUUGCUGUGAAGGAUAUGAACAAGUUGGACUCUACUGCUCUCUAGCACUCAACAGAUCCAGUGUAUUUGCCUCAAGACCUGGUAUUUGUCCAGUGAAGGAUAUGGAAACAUUUGAUUAUCCUUGCACGUUCGAUACUGAAUGUCCAGGGCUGAAAAAAUGCUGCAGCUCAUCCAAAGGAGCAGGCUGUGUGGAUCCUAUGCCAGAGGGGAGGAUGUUCUGGUACAACGUGACAGUGCUUGUGAAAAUGGAUUUUAAUGAAUUAAUCCGGGUGGAUUCCCACCUUCUGAAUCAUUCCCGCCUUUUGCACUCCAUGAUCUCUGGUGCACUGCAGCCCCUGAAUGUCUCUGUGCACCACAUCCAGAGCAGCUGUGGGGACAUCUUCACAGGGACAGUGGCCUCCCAGCUCCUCCUCGGAUUGCACCACCCAGCUGCCCUGGCAGAGGUCUCCUCCUCCCUGGAGGCCGUGGUGAAGCGUGUGUAUGGAGUGAUUGAUACACAAGUGCAAGAUGUCAAUGAAUGCUCCUAUGCUGAGCUCAAUGCUUGCCCUGAGAAAAGCAGCUGUGUAAACCUGGAGGGUUCUUACAGCUGCCAGCCUCAGCAUGAACAUGCCACUGUCAUUCCCUGGCUGAGCCCAAGGAAGGAAGGCAUUGUAUCAUCUACUCCAAGUUCAAUAAAUGCUGUUAAGACUGGCAGUAGCUCUCCUCCUAUAAGGAAAUCAAGUCUCUUGUCCAUAACCAACCAAUCUACAAAUGCUGGGUGCUAUCCCUCUGCAGUUAGAAACCAUCGAAUCCUCAGCGUUACCAGCAGCAGCUUUGAAAUGUCCUGGGCUGUCAGCUCCACUCUGAACCACACUUUCCACGUCCGGGUGUCCAAGGGCAAUGAAACUGUGCACAACCUGAAGACAGAGGAAAUGCAAAUGGAUGUGUCUCACCUGGAAGCAGGUGUGAUGUAUUCAGUAGAGAUCAGCUAUGAAACUUGUGGAAAAAUCAUCACCUCCAGUCAGAAUGUGAAAACAGAGGCCAAGAUAUUUGAUUUUACUAUGAGGAUUCUCAACUACAACUUCACUGAUGAUUUCCAUAAUUCCAGCAGCUCAGCAUAUGAGGAAUUUUCAAGACUGUUGCUUACAGAGCUUGAAAAUUCAUUUCCACCCAACAUUUCUGCCUUGUACAAAUCUGGGAAGCUGAAAGUGCAGACUGAGUCCCUGGCAGCAGGAAGCAUCAUUGUGAGGCUCAGAAUCACCGUGCAGGAUCCUGAGUUUCCAGCGGAUGCCUCCACAUUUGCCCCAGUCCUUUCCCACCUGCACAAUGGCUCUGUGCUUGUGGUGGAUCAGCAAAACACUGCAGUGGGAGACUGGGAUGAAUGUGCUUCCCAAGCUGAGAAUGACUGCUCUGUGCUUGCAGAGUGUAUCAAUCUGAUGGGCUCCUACAUGUGCAGGUGCAAGACCACCAUGGAUACCAAUCCAUCCCGGCCUGGAAGGAACUGUGAGGGUGAGGUUGUGGAUCCUCUCGCUGACACCAUGGCUCCUGAAAUAAGAAGCAGCUCAGACUUUGCUCUGGAAGAAGGAAGGCCUGCAGGCCCUGUCACCACCCAGACAGGCCCCGGGCCAGGCCCUGUCUCACUGCUCCCUGCUGCGCUGGCCCUGGGUGACAAACAAGCCUCCCACAGUCCCACCAGUGCUCCUCCAGCCCCUUGGCAAAAAAGUCUGGCCCCACAGAUGGGUUUCAGCAGCCCCGUGGCCACGGGGGUCACCCCCGGCAGGGCACUGGCCGUGGGCGUGGAGGCCACAAGUCCAUGGCAGCCAAGCUCUGCAGCCAAGGCGGCUCUUCCAAACGCAGCCCUGGGCGCAGGCAGGCAGCAGCAGCUCAGCUCAGUGCGGCUGAUUCCCAAUCAAACAGCCCCAGCUGCCACCAGCACUCACACAGCCGCUGCUGUGCCCCCAGCCAGCUCGGGAGGUGGCCCUGACACAGCUCUGCUGGCCACAGGGAACGCUGGCAUUCCUGCCACUCUCAGGGCAGGUGGAGAGGUGGCACGGGAGAGCGGCUCUUGGUCUGAGGGACACGCCGGAGCCUUGGGGUCACCGGCUCUGCCAGGCACCUCUGCAGCCCCCAGCCCAGCCCGCACCUUCCAGAACCUCAGUGGCACAGUUUGGAUAACAAACAUGGAAUACUCUCCAGGCUUCAGCAAUACAAGCAGUGAGGAAUUUCAAGAAUUUCAAGCCUUGGCACAGCUCUUUGUUGAUGAAGUGCAUAAAUCUCUGCCCCUUGAGGUGCUUCAGCAGAUGGAUGCUGGUCUGAUUAAAGUGCUGGUCACAGGUGUUACUAAUGGGAGCACAGUAAGUUUCAAUUUGCUGCUUGCAGAAGAAGUGGAUGUCCACCAUGUCAUCACCAGGUUCUGUGAGGCCUUGGAACACAGCUCCUACUUCACCAUUGACAGGAGCAGCCUCUCCAUACACGCAUUUCCCUCCAGCCAGAAGGCAGCAGUGAUGGAUAAGAAACCUGUGCACAGCACAGUUUUACCUGUGACAUCUUUGCAAACUCCAGCUCAUGUUUCCUCCCCUGCUUCACUGGACUUUUCUCCUGCUGAGCACAAAGCUCUGGAGGACACCAAGUUCUCCAGCAGGGUGCUGACUCCUCUCCCCACGGACCCCAUAGCAGCUCCUGAUGUUUCUCCUCGAGCCUCUCCAGCCCCUCUUGUCAAACCCGCCCAAGAGGUUUCCAUUAAAGAGGCAGUGAGUGUGUUUUGUGAAAUGGAGAGGAUCAUCCUUGCCAUCCAGAAGAGGUUCUUGCAGCAGGAGUCUAUCCCCGAGAGCUCCCUGUUCCUGGGGCAGCCUGGCUGCAAUGUGAGCACCAGCAAUGGCACCCACGUUGUGCUGCAGGCGGGCUGGAGCGACUGUGGCACCCAAGUUGAGACUAACACAACUACUACCGUGGUGAAAACCACCCUUUGGAAUGAUGCUUCUGCUCAGGGAGUAAUCCACCACUUGAAUGUUGCCAGUCCCAUCCACUGUGUGUUUCAAAAUGACGUCCUGACUUCCUCUGGGUACACUGCAAAAGGACUUUACACCAUCUUUGAGGAUUUGCAUGGAUCUGGACAUUUCAGAACAGAAAUGCAGCUGUUCAUUGGAAACUCCCCAGUCCCGAAAAAUUUCAGCAUCUCUGCCAGUGAGGAUGUGCUGAUCGAAGCGGGGAUGCAGAGGGCAGACAACAAGCUCAAGGUGGUUCUCACUGACUGCUGGGCCACUCCAACCAAUAAUUCAGUGGAUCCCCUGUCAUUUGUUUUUAUCAGCAACAGCUGUCCCAUCCCAAAUACUUACACCAUGCUGCUGGAAAAUGGGAAUUCAAGCAAAGCUCAGUUUAAGAUGAAAAUUUUUUCCUUUGUCAACAACUCUGUGGUUUACUUACACUGCAGAAUUCGUAUUUGUUUGGAGUCACCAGGAAGCACCUGCAGGACUAGAUGCCAAGCAAGGGCUCGGCUCCUGAAGGCUGGAGAAACCAUCGCCCUGCACAGAACAUCCUGGGGACCCCUGUGGAAAUCAGCUGCAUCUGAUUUGAAGAGAGAGAAGGAAGCUGGAAUGGGAAUUGGAUACAUCAUCCUCAUAGCCCUUGCUGUGUUUGGUUUUGUGCUGGGAGUUGUGACCCUUCUCAUCUUCCAGUACCAGCGAAAGACAGGAAGAUACAACCUCAGGAUCAAGUCUGACAACUUCAGCUACCAAGUGUUCUAUGAUUAG